AAUGACUGGUGUUGAUCUGCUCUGCUGACGGUAGGAACUCCUGCCUACCUUGGAAUCACUUGGAAUGGCUGGAAGUGUAAUAAAAGACGUCAAUAUAACACCGUGCAUUGCUCCAAAAAGUGUUUUAAACUUAUAUAUUCCACAACGUCGAAAACAAAACAUCUCCAAAUCUUUUUAACUUAUUCUACAGUGAAAAUUCGGCAGCUUGUAAACAGGAAAAUGAACAUAUGUCGAACAUUACAGUAUAGUUGAUAAGGUUGAUAAACAUCUAAAACCUGAAGCCUUCGUGUAUAAAAUAAACCUGGAUAUUGAGUUCAGUGUUACUUCUCAGCCAUUUCAAAUGAGAAUUUCGUGAUACUUCAUUUAAACCUCGUACAUUUGAGCUUUAAAUUCAUAUUUGGAAGAUGGUGAAACUUUAACGUACGUAAAAUAUGCAUGUCGAAAAUUCCACUCCUGGAAAACUGGACGACGGGUUGGAGUUGACGGUCACAUUGGCCAAAAAUAGUUCAAUUUUGGAAGAAGAUUUAGCAAUAAGCUCAUCUACUGUAGGAACCUCAGACAAGAGUCUAAACGAUGAACCUGGCCAAAUUUGCCCCGCAACCGAAUUGGGAGAGAGGUUAGUGUACGUAAACGAAGAUGCGAUGGAUUGCUGUUACGAUGAAUCAAACGGCACCUCUUCAAAAUUGGAGAUACUCCAACAUGUAUCCAGUCCAGAGAUGUUUGACAGCGACAUCGAAGAAAAUCUGGGAAAUUUGGACACAACGUCGAGUUUUAAGAGUACAAUAAGAAAUGAAAUUUCGAUUUCUGCUAGUCCCUACAAAGCAACUCAGGAGGAACUGGUUGUCAGAUCUGACUGCAAUCUGUUAAACAGAAUAAAUAAAUAUCUUAGCGGCGUGCCACCACCACCCAAGCAUACCAUUUGUCAGAGUGAUUGCAACGACUUCCUAAUAAAUAUUCGAAAAAACGCCCAUUUAUUUUGGUGUAAUCCUCUGGAACCGGACGAAAACUCUCCUGUAGUCAAAUAUGCAAGUCCUUCCAUUGAACUAAGCAAGGAAAUCUCGCACUCUAGUACUUUCCAGCAUCGUGUUAAGAAUAGUUCAAGAAACUUGAGCAUAGCUUUCGAUGCUUGUGAUGGAUCGAGAGAUUCGGAGAGCAAAAUCGAUUUUCAAGAUAACUGUACUGCCGACGAACAAUCCAUCGAUUCUUGUUCAACUGACCUGGUGGAAAAUGCUUCCGUUUUAAAUGACAAAACUACGAGUUUAUCGGCGACUUCGAAUAUAUCUCGUCUCGAUGCCAGGACAUCUACAAGUGGAAGCAAGUCCACAGCCUCUAAAUUGUCGGACCAACUAGUUUUGUAUAAUACUGUUAGUGUGGAAGAUUGUGCCUCCUUGCCAUGGCCCGAAGUUUAUCAACAUAAGAGUUUCGGAAUACAUUACAACAGAAAUAAAUUCACAGAAGAAUUUGAAAACCUGACAUUGAAGCUGUGUGAACGGUAUAUCGGUGCAGAAACACAAUCUACGUGUAAUGCAUUUUUUACGAAGCAGCUGCCAGGUAGUGCACGGAAGAGAAGUCUUCUUCUAUCUAAACGGAAUAAUGGUCAAAGUCCGGGAAAACGUCUCAGUUAUUUAGCUAGAAGACGAAGAACGUUUUCAAGUGCUAAUCUUCAAGGUCUUGCUGAUAAAAAACAACUGGUACUUAACGUCAGGAAACCUUUUACUAGAAAAGGAAAAAGUCCCAGAGGGAAAGGCAAGAGUCCUAGAGGAAAAAGUCCGAGAGGGAAGAGUCCGAGAGGGAAAAGUCCGAGAAGUUCUGCAAAGAAACGCACAAUGCGAAAGUUGGUUCUUGAUGGUCCCACUCCUAGAAAGUCUAAAUUGGAGACUUCGAAGCGAGCCCUAUUUCAAAGUCCACCAAAUGAUAAGGCUGGGCCAAGUAAGCUCCUGCCUCCAUCUGGCGCGAAUCCUCAGAGGAUUAAGAAAGCGCUCUUUCCGACACCAAAGAAGAAGGAAGCAGAACCCGAAGGUGUUACACCUCUGACUUUUGCUGAAACAAGAAAGCGGAAGAGUGAAGACGAAUUGGAAGGACCUCGCUUCAAGUGGGCAAAGAGCUUGUCGUUUGAUUGCGCGCGGGAUUUGGAUCCGAAUUCUAGCAACUCUUGGAGCCAACAGAGAUAUUCUACUGGUAGCAUUCUUUCCAGAAAUGAAAGCUCUCAGAGUUAUUCGAAAAGUGAACUCAGUGAUAUACAUAGAAAGAAAUUAUUAUGGGCUGUGACAGAGGCACUGCGUGGCAAGGGGAUCGGCAUGAGUCAUCCUCAAUUCAAGCAAUACGCCUCGAACCUGGCGCGCACUGUGAAGAAAUUAAUGCCCGAUCUAGAGAACAAGAACAUUCCAAGAAAGCCCGGAGGCACGAGCGAUCGGAUGUUGAAAUUAGCGAAGCAUCAUGUGCUUUUCAUUGUCGAGACUAAGGCUGCUCAUUGAUCAUCACAAGGAUGUUUUCUUUCAUAUAAGUCUAGAAAUCAUCUUCAAGACUACUACUCUGUGAAUAGUAUUCGCUAUGUGGCUUCUAAGUUAUUUAUAAAAUAGUCGCGCCGAACCUGACAGACAACACAAUACAAAGCAGCGUCGGGUUGGAAAGAAAAUUGGCCCGGGAAAAAUGGUUAAAACAAAUGGUUGAGAGCUGGACGACAAUUUUAACGGCUCAAAUUUCUUAAAAUAUGUAGUACCGGGCCACCGGGAUAAUUCCCGAAAUCCCACCUUAACAAUCCGAACCUGAAGCAAAGGUAGUGAAUAUUACUGACAAACGGUUCGGUGGUGCUGAUACUAUAGUUCUCUGCGAAUGAAAAGAGACAAUAAUUUUAAUAAGCCACGUUUUAUUAGCGAUAAAAUAGUAUAU